AGAGACGAGGGGGGGAGAGACGAGCGGGGGGAGAGACGAGAGGGGGAGAGACGAGAGGGGAGACGAGAGGGGAGGGAGAGACGAGAGGGGAGGGAGAGACGAGAG